AACAACUCACAGAGAACUUUCUGCAAUAGCAGAGGACGCGGCAAAUGAUUUUAUGCAACAGAACUCGAACACCAACCAGGAAUCCCAGCCCUCCUCCCUCGCCUUGCUCGCCGCCACCGCCUCCUGCCAGCCGCAUCGAAUCCCCCUCCGAUUUCCCAACCAUGAGCCAGGAGGACCCCGACCCCAAUUCCAACCCCUCCACCGACUUAGUCCUAUCUACCCCCCUCGCACGGGGACUGGAUGCUCAUCCCCUCCCUCGCCCAACAACCCCCCCCCAUCCUCCACCACCUCCUCCACCCGUCCCCCCGCCCCCUCCACCCCUCCUCCCCCCGCUUCCACCUCCAAAGUCGGCGUGGAAGCCAUCGGUGAGAAUGGCCAAUAUCUCCUCUCCUCCUCUUCCUCCCCCCAGUCUCAGGGCUACGGGACUGUCCAGUACCAGAUAGUCACGCGAUUCCCAUCGCCCUCAUCUCCGGCCCAGCUUCAGGACGACCAGUCAAGGACCCAAACGCCCCCGGCCCCCUCCAAGAACAUCUCAUCCAACUCCCCCGCCAUUUUGAGCUCGCUCCCGACUAUCCUGGGUCAGGCCCUCCAGAUACGUGGAAUUGGGAGUCCCACCAAUGCCCCGGGCCAGUUCCAGGCCAACAUCCCACUCAAUAUCAACGGCAACCUCACCCUGGUGCCCUUGGGGUCUCAAGUCCUGGGCGAGGCGGACGCUGGAAGCGUCGGAGGCAGCGCGGGAGAUGUCCAAGAAGAUGGAUCUCCUCAGAUCUCCAACCAACUCAAGGAGGGACAACCCCAGCAGCAGCAGCAGCAUCAGAUCCUCAUCCAGCCUCAACUCAUCCAAGGGGUGGGGCAGACACAGGGAUUCACGGCCGAAGCCCUCCAGAAUCUCCAAAUCCAAACCCUGCCUUGUGGAUCCACCCCCAUCAUCAUCCGAGCUCCCAUCUCGGUGGGCGGGCAGAUGGCAUGGCAGACCAUCCAGCUCCAGAAUGUGGGAGGGACGUCGGUGGGUGGUCAGACCAUCGCCCUGGGUCUACCGCUGUCUCAAGGAGGGGGGACCUCUUCUGGAAGUCCCAUCUCCCUCUCCGGGCUACAGACCAUCAAUCUCAACGCGCUUGGGGCAUCUGGGAUCCAGGUCCAUCAGCUCCAGGGAAUUCCAAUCACCAUCGCCAAUAACACAGGGGACCAGUCGAACCUCUCACUCCAGACGGCUGGAGUCGAGUCCAUGGAGGAUGGGACAGCCAUUGAGGAAGGGGAGGGGAGUCCUGACCAACAGACUCAGCCGGGACGAAGGCUCAGGAGAGAGGCCUGUACCUGUCCCAACUGCAAGGAGUCUGAGGGCAGGGGUGGGUGCGUUCCCGGCCGCAAGAAGCAACACCUGUGCCAACAUCGAGGGUUAAGAACCUGCGGGAAGGUUUACGGAAAGACUUCGCAUCUGCGCGCCCACCUACGCUGGCACAGCGGCGAGAGGCCAUUCGUCUGCAACUGGCUCUUCUGCGGGAAGAGGUUCACCCGUUCCGACGAACUGCAGAGGCAUAAACGCACCCACACUGGUGAGAAGAAGUUCACCUGUCCGCAAUGUCCGAAAAGGUUCAUGAGAAGCGAUCACCUCUCAAAACACAUCAAGACCCACCUCAACAAGAGGCCGGCCCCUCCCGCCUCCGCACCUCACCCCCCCCCUCCCUCCCCCCUCCGCCCCCUCCCCUCCCCUUCCCCCUCCCCAUCCGCCAGGGUUGAGGGGGAGAGGGGAGGGGGAGAGGGGGGCGAGAGGACUUCCCUUCCCCGGAUCGUCAACGUGCUCCAGGUGUCCGACCUUCAGACGAUCAACAUCAGUGGCAACGGGUAUUGAGGGAGGAGAGAGAGGGGGUAGAGAGAGAGAGAUAGAGAAGGGGGGGAUAGAGAGAGAGAGAGGGAGGGGUGGGAGAGAGAGGGAGAGAGAGAAGGGUAGUAGUGCGAUUGUUGUAUCU